CGGAAACGAGCGGAGGCGGUGUCGUGUUGUAGCUAGCAUGGUUGGGUUUGCUCGGGACUGCAAGCAACUACAAAUAGCUAUGCUGUAAAACAGGUAUUUUUGAGAACUUGUAUUUCCCACGCCUAGGCGACAAACCCGUGGUCAUGUCUCAGAGGGAACAGAAGGAAGCGUUUGUCAGUAAUCUUAAUGGGACCAGUCUGCAGGAGGUGGCGCUGGGCUCAUUUCUCUCGCCAGUAUGCCUCAUCAGCAGAGGGCUGAUUUUGAUCCUCUACCAUCAGGCCAAAGGAACUCUUCCACUGCCGUUUCCUCUGAUUUCACACCUGCUUUUAGACUUCUCUGUGCUCAUUCUUCCACUGGUCAUGUCAUGCACCAUCCUGAGCAACAUUCUUCACCAGGUCAUCAUGAGCUUAAUGUUCGUUUCGGCUUGUGUGUUUUGCUAUAUCUACCGCACGAUCAACAGCCACCCUUCUACUCUGCACCCAAAGACCUCUGUCAGCACCUUCCUUCAGAGUCAUGUUCAGUUCAGCCAGGUUCCCUUUGUGACCAUCUUUAGAGUGUUUGUAAAUGUGAAAACAGCCAUCAGCAUUCUUGCUGUAGACUUCAGUAUCUUCCCAAGGCGAUAUGCUAAAACAGAAACCUAUGGGACAGGAGUUAUGGACUUUGGCGUUGGAGCGUUUGUCUUUGCAAAUGCCCUCGUCUGUCCAGAGGCACGGAGGAAGAACAUCUCAGGAUCCAAGAUGAAUCAUAUCACAAAGCAGCUCCUGUCUGUGUGGCCCCUAGUUGUUAUUGGUUUGGGAAGGCUAGUGAGCGUCAAAAUGACUGACUACCAUGAACACGUGACAGAAUAUGGCAUCCACUGGAACUUCUUCUUCACACUAGCCAUUGUCAGAGUUGUGGCUUCUAUGUUUCUGGCUGUUUUACCAGCCAAUCGGUCGUGGAUCUUUUUCCUUCUGAUCAGCGGACUUUAUCAGUUCACUCUGGAGACUUCAGGGCUGAAGGACUUCAUUAUCCACAACAAUGACAGAGAAAAGGACUUUCUGUAUGCUAACAAGGAGGGCAUAUUCUCAGUAGUAGGUUAUGUUGCCAUCUACAUGGCAGGGGUUCAAGUUGGACUUUAUGUGAUGCAGCCAAGAUCCCGCAUUAAAGAGUGGCUCAAAUUACUUUUAAACCUCUUGUUUGCUAGUUUUGUGCUGUAUACUGCUUUGUACAUAUGUCAAACGCUGGUGGAGCCAGUGUCUCGCCGCUUAUGUAAUUUACCUUUCUGCCUCUGGAGUGUUGCUCAGUCUUUGUUUUUUAUUUCCUGCCUUGGUAUAGCGGAUAUGGUUUUACUGUUUUCCAAGAGAACAUCAGGCUGUCACUGUGUACCCUCAUCCUGGAAUUUGCAUAAAAAACAGUCAGACUCAGUCUCUGACAAAAAGACUUGUGAAAUAGAGAGAUUCUGCCUUGUUCAAGCUGUCAGCAGGAAUCAGUUGUUAUUUUUCUUGCUUGCGAAUGUCAUGACAGGACUGACCAACUCAAUAGUGGACACACUUAGCUGCAGCGGUUCAUUCUCAGUGUGUGUUUUACUAAUAUACAUGUUUGUGAAUUGCUCUGUAAUAUAUGUUUUACACCUCUGUGGAAUUACAGUGAAAUUCUGGUAAAAUUACAUGUGUAAAACUAUAUGGUUCAUAUGUAUGUUUUAAUGUUGUAAGAAGGUAUUUUUAAUGUUGAAGAUGCUAUUAUGCAUUGUAUGUUUAUUUAUGAAAAUAAAUAUGUGUCACG